AUGUCCGUUCGGAUCAGACCCAUCGCCCCUCUCCUCCUUAGGGGAAUGUUCCGGCGGUGCGAGUCGACUCGGGUUGGCCCCCCGCGCAUCAAAGUGGCCGUCCUAUAUCAAGCACUAGAACCGCCCGUCAUCAAUGGCAUUAGGAAGCCCAUGAAACCGGGAGGGUACCGGGAUUCUGGCGCGGACAUAGCAUAUGUGCUCAAGUCCAACUCCAUCGACGUGAUAACCCCAGUGUCCUCGCCCGAUCCGUACAACGAUGAAGACUGGUGCUGGCCGGACACCGAAGACGGAAUUGUCUCGGCUGUCGAACAUGGCGCCACGCAUCUUUGGGCCAACACUAUUCUCUUCGCGGCCCAUCCCCUUCAAACUUCGGCAGAGCUCGACAAAUACGCUCCCAACGUCAAUAUCAUCGGACAGCCGCCGGCCCUGGUGGAACAGCUGGACGACAAGGAGUACGUCAAUGACAUGCUCCGCGAGGACGGCUCCUAUCCUAUGCCAAAAGGCUGGACCUUCGAGUCUCCCGAGGACCCGGAGCUCGACCGGUUGCCCUACCCGGUCGUGGGCAAGCCGAUUCGAGGCCGUGGUAGCUACGGUGUCAAACUGUGCGCAACCAAGAACGAACUGCUGGACCACCUGAGGAGUCUUCUUGCCGAGAGCUCCAAGGCUAUGGUGGAGGAGUAUCUGUGCGGCCGUGAAGGCACAGUAACCGUCAUGCCACCCUCGGCGGAUGUCCUUCAUUACUGGUCUCUGCCGUUGGUCCUACGAUACAAUCACGUUGACGGUAUUGCACCCUACAAUGGCGUUGUGGCUGUGACCAACAACUCUUCGGCUCUCUCGGCCCAAGAGAGCGAGUCGGCCCCCGUCUACAAAUCAAUCUGUCGACAUUGUGAGCGUGCGGCAGAGAGGCUCAAAACGACUGCCCCUAUCCGGAUUGACGUCCGGCAGUAUGGCCAAGGCAAGACUCCAGACACGUUUGCCAUCUUCGACGUGAACAUGAAGCCCAACAUGACAGGUCCAGGAAGGCCUGGGCGAGAGGAUCAGGCCAGCUUGACGGCAAUGGCUGCCUCUUCGAUCGGUUGGGACUAUCCGACCCUGCUCAAGUACAUGUUGGCUUCUGCCCGUUCUCUGCUGGAGCUUCGCACCCUCAAGCUCUAA